AUGCCUGAGUCUCCUCUCAGUCCCACGGCAGCCCGUCAAACCCCAGCCAGCAGCCUGCUCAGUCACACAGACGUCGGUGCAGGAGAGAGAGCAGCUAAUGGGGACUCCUGCAGUAGAGUGAGUGGGGAAAACUGGCAGAGUCUCCACCAUAAACAGGUGUUUCUGGCUAUGAUGGCUCCUCAGCAGCUGCAGCAGCUCCUGUCCCCCAACCAGCUGCAGGCUCUGAUCCACCAGAAGCAGCAAGCCCUUCUGCUCCAGCAGCAACAUUUGAAGGAGUUCUACAAGAAGCAACAACAGAUUCAUCUGCAGCUGCUUCAACAAAAGCCCAUCAAGAAAGUCAGAGAGCUCCCUGCACAGCAGCUUGUGUUCCAGCAGCUCCUCCAGCUCCAGCAGCAGCAGCAGCAGCAGCUCCUCCGGGUGCAGAGAGCAGUCCCGUCCUCUCCUGCCCUCUCUCCAGGUUUCAGCCCCGCAGAGAUGCAGCAGAUAUGGAAAGAGCUCACGAACGGAAUAACUGAAGAUAAAAUCACAUCGAAGGCCAAUCAGGACUCUUCUGCGAACAACACAAUGUCAACAAAAGUCACGGCGAUGCAGAGCGCCGACCAGCAGUCUUCUCCUCCUCGCGGGGCAGAAUGUGCUGUCAAAGUCGAGCGCGCUGCCACACACGCUCUCUACGGUCACGGUGUGUGCAAUUGGCCCGGAUGUGAGUCGCUGUGUGAAAACUUAAACCAGUUCAUCAAACACAUAGGCAUCGAGCACACUCUGGAUGACAGAAGCACGGCGCAGUGCAGAGUCCAGAUGCAGGUUGUUCAGCAACUUGAGCUUCAGCUCUGCAAAGAACGGGAGCGUCUGCGAGCGAUGAUGGCUCACCUGCAUCUGCCAUCUUUAGAGUCUCAGUCGAUCUUUGCACCCGCGAGUCUCCAGUCGCCACAAUCUGACACGGCUGCUGACCUCCACAGUCUUCAGCUCAGCUCAGUCGCUGCCACCGACAACCUGAGCCCGUCAGACUCCCCCCAGGUGUCCCCCAAACCUCUGGCCCCCAUCGGCACUCCAUCCCAGGGGAGCGAAGGAGAGUCGCCCACUCACACAUCAUGUGCCGGGGCCAUAAGACAUCGGCAUCACCCUUUGGUUUACUCGCUGUCCUCAGACAAUGAAUACGAGCUCUACAAGAACAACGAUAUCAGACCACCUUUCACCUACGCAACACUGAUAAGACAGGCUAUUAUGGAAACAUCAGACAUGCAACUAACGCUCAACGAGAUAUACAACUGGUUCACGCGGACGUUUGCUUAUUUCAGACGCAACGCUGCCACCUGGAAGAACGCAGUGCGCCACAACCUGAGUCUGCACAAGUGUUUUGUGCGCGUAGAGAACGUGAAAGGCGCGGUGUGGACGGUGGAUGAGGUGGAGUACCAGAGGAGGAGAUCCCAGAAGAUCACAGGGAGUCCAUCGCUGAUGAAAAAUGUGUCCUCCAAUCUCGAUUAUGGGACCGUUCACAGCGUACAAACGGAGUGUGUUAGCAGAAGUCAAAUGCAGGAGAACAAAGCAACAAACAUCGACAGUAAACAAAACGUCCAGCAGUCUCUCUUCCAGAAAGAAGAAGCGCUGAAUCUGCAUGAGCGAGACUCUCUGAUGCCGACAGUAAACGCAGCCAGCCUGCAGCACGACCUGACUGAAGACGACGAAGAGCAUUUGUUUGACCUUGAAUGACAAGACGGUGAAAACUGUUCCGAUUGUGUUGACGUGUCGGCGGCGGUCCAUUUGUUCUUUUGACAUUGUAGCCUUAAAGAAAAAGGAUGUGGAGUAUAGUGCCCCCUGAGGUUUCUGUGUUGGCCUACUACUAAAUAUUCAAACUAAUAGAUUAAAUAUGUGAUAAAAGCAGUAAAUAUGAGACUCAAUGCAUUCGAAGCUCAGAUUAGCUUCAAUGUAAAUAAAAUACAGGAGGAUGUACACAGUAGACGAUAGAGUUGGGAUCUGCUGCU